CUAUAUAACAAUUUCAAUGGUAAUGCUUCGACCCGGUUCAAUAAGAAGAUAUAACACUGUAGAGUUGGUGGGUUAACAUAAGGGGAGAGAGCACAAGAGAAAAAAAAAAAAAGCGUAAAGCUAAAGCAAAACCCCCCCUCGAAGCCUAUAGCUAAGCGUCACAGCACUUUCCCUCUCUUUCAAAUCCUCUCGUCCCCUUAGAUUUCCCUUCAUGAUCCAUCACCAAAAAGAACCCUGAUUUCGAAUCGCAAUCUCUUCGCAAAACCCAAUUUGAAAAACUCUUUCUUUGUUCUUGCUCUCUGUUCUGAUUCUGCAGAUUUUUCAGGGAAGUGAAGAGACAGUUACAGAUCCACCAUGAUAGAGAGGGAGAAGAGAGCGGUGGAGCGAAACGACGACGUUUCGUUGUCUUCCGACGUGCACUACUACAGUACCUCGUCGGAGCUUCCAUGUCGGAAGCACCCGUCGGUCUCCGCCGUCGGGAUAUGUCCGUACUGUCUGAACGACCGCCUGGUGAACCUCGUUUGCUCCGAAUGCGGCGAACAGAGGCUGUCUUCUUGCUCCUGUUCGGAUCUCUCUCCCAACCGGAGCUCGAGCGCCGCCGCCGAUCUCGGAAUCGUUGGUCGGAUCUCAUUUCUGAUAGACAACGAGAAGACCAGAAACAACAACAAUAGCAACAGCGAAGGGACGAAACCGGGGAAGGUGGUGAAGGCGAAGGGACAGAAAACAGAGCAAGUGAUCGUGUUCGAGAGGAGCAGCAGCAGUCGUGUCGAGAUCAAAAGGAAGGGUCACGGGCUUUGGAGAAUCGGGAGAUUUUUCCGGAAAAUGAACCCGAAACGGGACAGAGAUUUCGCGGUGAAGAGUGUAUACGGUGGUGGGUUCGACGAAAAGGGCGAUUCUUGGGGAUUAGAUUACAACGAUGGUAAGAAAAUGGGGGUGUCGAGAUCGAGAUCGCUCUGCAGUUUCAGGGGAACAGGGUAUUUUGUCGGUUCGGAAGACGGGUCUUCGUAUUCUGGAGCAAGGAGCUCCUUUUCAGCAGCAAGAAGGAGCUCGAGCGUCAAUGGCGGAGUAGGGUUUCGAGAUACAGAGCCUAGGAGGAGCGGUUUUGAGGGGAGGAAAAGCGGUUUCAGUGAAGCGGAGCAUCGGAAAAGCGGUUUCAGCGAAGCGGAGCCGCCGCGGAGAAGCUGCUUCGAAGGACGGAAGAGCAAUUUCAGCGAGACGGAGCAUCGGAAGAGCAAUUUCAGCGAGCCGGAGCCACCGCGGAGGAGCUGCUUCGAGGCGAGGAAGAGCAAUUUCAGUGAAACAGAGCACCGGAGAAGCAAUUACAGCGAAACAGAGCAACGAAGAACGAAUCUCGACCCGAGAAGGAGCAAUUUCAGCGAAUCGGAGCUAAGAAAGAGCGAGACAGCGAAUUUCACGAGAAGGGUGUUUUCUCUGAAGGAGAGUUACUUCACUGGAGGGGAAGAACCGGGAUUCAUCGAUCUGAAAUUCGAUUUCUCAUCGUCUUCGGACAAGGACAAGCAAGAUUCCUGCUCUGUUCGGUCGUACAGAGACGGAGUUAUAGGUAGAAACGACGGCGUUCUGGACCACGGAGGAGGAGGGUCUUGUCGGAUAACGGCGAGGGAGCGAGAGGUGAGGAAGAACAGGAGAAGCUUCAAGGGAAAGGGAUGGAGAUGGAUCUUCGGACAUCAUCAUCAGACAGUGAAAAACAGAGAUACAGAGGAAGAACAUCAACGCGAUGGUGAUUACGAAACUUGAAGAAAAGAGGAGAUUUUCAGACAAUAAAGAAGGAAGAAGCUGUCUUCGUAGUAAUCCAAUGUCAAUCUUAGCCAAAGCUCAUAUGUAUUUUUUUUCCUCUUUUUGUUGGGGUAAAUGUUUUAUGAUCAUUCUGUUUGUUGAAUGUUUUAAAGGAUAAAUUCAUGGGUUGCAGCA